CUGCCACCCGUACUCAAACCCACAGCCCAUUUGUAAACCAAAUCCCUACCUAUUUUCUCUAUACCAACUCAGACGCGAAGAGGAGAAGAGGAGCAGCGGAGGAGGCAAGAAUCGGAGGGGCGAGAAGCGGUAGGCAAGAAAAAAUGGCGCGAAUCAGAUGUCAGUGAAGAUGAAGAUGACUCGAUUUGUUGCAAGAAGAGUUGCUAUUAACUUCACGAGGUUCAAGUUUGCACAGAGGGCAUUGUGUAGUAAUGCAGGUGCAGAGCUACCUGGUUCUAACCGUGAUCAAAUUGUCAAGGAACCUCUGAACAAGCAUGAAUUGAUUGAUAAUUCCGAACAAUAUGAUAUUGCUAUAGUUGGAGGAGGCAUGGUUGGCAUGGCCUUAGCUUGUUCGCUAGCAAGCACGCCAUUGACAAGGCAGCUAAAUGUGGCUAUAAUUGAUAGCAAUCCUGCAUUACAGAAUGCUGAUUUGUUGAAAAAGGAAGGUCCCCCUGAUCCAAGAGUCAGUACAGUCACACCUGCAACUAUAUCAUUUUACAGAGAUGUGGGUGCGUGGCAACAUGUCCAACAACAUCGGCAUGCUUUUUUUGAUAAGAUGCAGGUCUGGGAUUACACAGGUCUGGGAUAUACAAGGUACAGUGCAAGAGAUAUUGGUAAAGAAGUUUUAGGGUGUGUUGUGGAGAAUAAAGUGCUACAUGGAUCUCUAUUAUCAUCCAUUCAGAGCAUGGAUUUUAAGAAGAGAAUAUACCCUGCCAAGUUAAGCUCAAUGACCGUAAAUUCAAGUAGUCCAUUGACAACUUCCGCUGGCACAGCAUCACAACCUUGUGGAGGUGCUGCUCGAUUGGAGUUGAGCAAUGGCGAUAGUUUGUAUGCAAAGCUGGUGGUUGGAGCUGAUGGGUCAAAAUCACGUGUUAGGGAGUUAGCGGGAAUUGAGACAACCGGAUGGAAAUAUUCCCAGAGUGCAAUCAUCUGUACAGUAGAACAUGCAGAGCAGAACCACUGUGCUUGUCAGAGAUUUUUACCUAAUGGUCCAAUUGCACUUUUGCCCAUCGGUGAUAAUUUCAGCAACAUCGUAUGGACCAUGGACCCAAAAGAAUCAUCCGAGCGCAUAUCAGCGAGCGAGAAUGACUUUGUGAACAUGGUGAACCAUGCAUUGGAUCAAGGGUAUGGCCCUCGUCCCAAAUCACAACCAUUUGGCAGUGCUGGUUUGCUUUCUUGGCUCAGACCAGGCAUCACAUCAUCAGCCAAUGAGCGUUUUGAAGUUCCACCCAGAGUUAUAAAAUUAUCUUCUGCCAGAAUGGUCUUCCCAUUGUCCUUAAUGCACGCCAACAGUUAUGCAUCAAAACGUGUGGUCCUUAUUGGCGACGCAGCACACACUGUUCAUCCCCUGGCUGGUCAAGGAGUUAAUAUGGGCUUUGGCGAUGCAAUUGCUCUUUCAAAAGUCAUCGCCGAAGGUGUUGCAGUAGGAUCUGACAUUGGGGAGGUUUCUGUGUUGAAGAAAUACGAAUCUGAGAGGAAACCUGCAAACAUUGCAAUGAUGGCCGUUCUCGAUGGUUUCCAGAAGGCAUAUUCUGUUGAUUUCAUGCCUGUGAAUCUACUGCGGGCUGCUGCAUUCCAGGCUGCGCACUAUAUAUCGCCACUGAAACGAAAUAUCAUCUCUUUUGCUUCAGGUGAACACAAGAUUCCACUGUUCACAUGAUCUGUACGGUAGAUUUUAGAGAUAUUUUGUGGAAUUUGGUUUAAGUUACUGCCCACUAUCAUAUUUUGGAAGGAUUGUGAAUGAUGAUUUAAAAUUAGUGAUAAAGUUCAAAACUUGUAAUUAUUAUAUUAUUAUUACAAAAAAUAUUUAUUUUAAUUUACCUCAUCCACCUGGGAGCAAUAUGAUAAGUGUCCAGUGUGGGAUUUAAUCUUAAAAA